GGGAAGCUUACCAUUGAUGCGCAACCACGAGCAAGAGGCCAAGUGCCAGCCACCGCUGCGCCAUUGCGCAACCUAACCCUAAAGUCGGGCACCACUCCAUGGCGGAGGCGAGCAUUGCGCGCGUGCUGCGCAGCGGGGCCGCCGAUGGCGAGCACGCGGCUGCCGUGAUGGUGAUCAACGCCGUCGAUACAACAGCCGGGUUGGGCAUCUUCAGGCAUUUUGUGGAAUCGCUGGUUGCCAACCUUGCGUCUGGAGCGGCACAAGCGAAAGGAUUGGUGUUGGUGGCAUCGUCUUCUAGUCCGCAAACUUACUCCUCCGUGCUGAGAAAUGUGUCAUCGUCCUGCUUUCAGGUUCUGGACUGUUUUUCGGAUCCCCUGGGGUGGGAAAGGCUGAUCUCGCCAAACACAACUAGUCUGGAGGAGAUGGAAGCUAUCGACGUGAGGAAGCUCAGCUCUCUUUUCUCAAAAAUUCACGAGGCUGGCAAAGUGUUCGCCGAUAAGCAACCUAAAGGAAGAUUUGCUGUCGCGAUUGACUCGCUGACCUUUUUUAUGCGGCACCACUCUUUGGCCGCAGUCUCGAGCUUUAUUUGCCAGCUUCGGGCUCUCGAUAGCGUGUCUGCAAUCCUGUGGUUCACGGAUGGUGGUCUGCAUCAGGCCAGGGUCUUGGACGCACUGGAGUAUAAUGCAACAGCCACCGCUUUUGUGGAGCCGCAGUUGGAUUUUCUUGACACGAGAGGCGCCGGAAGGCUACGAAUCCGGCACAAGCGAAGAAACGGGCGGGUCUCAGAAAAGGUGGAUGAGUUCAGGGUGGAGGUUGGGAGGUUCAACUUCUUCCCCGUGGAGCUUGGCACCAAAGUAGACAAUGUUGAUGCGAUUCACAAGGUAGUAGAGCUCUCAUUUUUUUCGGAGGCACAUGGUUUUGUGUGGCAUGUUCAGGUUCAGUUUAGACUGCACCUGUCAGACAAGGAAGUGGAAGACAGAUCCAGAGUGAGACUUCCCUUCGAACACCAAGGGGACGGACAGGAGGUGCGAAUAUAUGACGGUCGCCAGUCAGAAGCUGGAGUCGAAACAAAAUCUUCCAGCGGCAGCAUUCACUACCUGCGGGAUUCCGACGACGAAAUGCCAGAUUCCGACGAAGACCCCGAUGAUGACUUGGACAUCUGAGCAGGAACUCUGGCUACUCAACCAUUAUACAACGAGUUUAAACUUUACACGCAGACUUGCGGAUUUUCAAGCGAACACAUUUCACCUGAGAAAUGGUGUGGAAGAACGUCUUCUCAAGCACUUCGUCUGGAAUUCCGGAUCCAAACAUGGACUGAGCAACGAACUAGAGUCCAGGGAGGUGGGAGAUGAGCGUGACGAUGACUUUGGCGUUGGUCUUCCCCACGCUCAUCUGCCAGUGGAUGAGACCCUCAUGCCUUCGCCCUUGGUGAUCACUCUGGCAUACAGCCGGCUGUCCGAGGUGAUGAUAGCGGCGUGGGCGCCGCCUUCUUCGACGUAGACAAGCUCCGAAGCUCGGGGAUGGGUGUGCGGAACGAUGAUCCCACCCAGUGCGAAGUCGAGCCUGCCAAUGGACAGGCCCAGCCCCGGGAAGAGUUGGACUGUUCCGAAGGUGGCACCAGCUCGGUCCACGUUGGUGGAAGACUUCAUCUAUUGCGGCCUCGUCAAUUCUUCCAAAUUCGACGGUGGGCGUUGAUAUUCAAGUCCAUGGUGAGAUUAGCGAUGCAGAAGUCCUGGAGGGGGGUCCGGGUCGGACGAAACAGCCGAGCCGACAAAGAAAGCGAACAACACCAGAGUGCAGGAGAGUCAUACAUACAAUUAUCUCUUUGGUAAGGAGUCAUGUCAAUCAAUCACACCGACACGGUCCCAGUAGGUGACUUAUCACUA